CUCGUUGCCUUUAGUCUACGGGCGGGCGACUGUUUGUAGCACAUGGUCUCUUAGCCUGUAUAUGAUAUUUUUUCGUAAUGAAUAUGGAUCACACACUUAGACGAAUUAUACUGAUCAAAUUUCGGAGUGGAUAUUCAACUUGGUCUCACUAAAGUGCAUCGUUAUCUCCUUGGUCAGUUAGUGCUCGCCACAUAACAUCUUCAAUGAACUCCGAAGCAUUUUAGCUUGGAGCAGAAUGGUCACGGAGUAACGGCGUCCAUCGAUCGUCUUAUAGUGGCCUUCUAACACCCGCCCCCAUCCUCAGCAGUUGCAACCACACAGAUGCACCCACCCGCAACGGCGUCUUCCAAACCAAUCACUCCAGAUCCCUCGGCUACCCUUGACUCUCCGCCAAGCCAGUCCCAGCCUCAGACAACUGAGCGACUAAAUAGACAUGUCAGACGUCCAGUUCAUUUUUCCGAUUUUGCUCCUGAAAACAUGGCGAUUUUACGCUUUCGCAUGUCAGAUUAUCAUGCUUCAAACUGCCGUUUUCAUAGAGCACAAUUUAACAGAAUAUGGGUAGAUAUUGACUCACGCUACAAUGUCAGUCUUGGCACCAUUACGUUGACGGCAAUAGGUACGAAAUUAUUACAGCGAUCGGUUCUUUUUCGAUCGGAUAUUUCAUGCCAUUUUCUAAUGGAAGAUAAUUGCGGAAUCGAAAAACACGGAAGUUAUUACACAUAUUCACAUUUGGUACCGAUUUAUGCCGAUUUCCCUCAAGGAAGACGAGCAAUGCAAUGGGAAUUUAACCAGAAUGGUCAAACGCAGGCGUGCGCAUUUUUCUAUGUUAGUAUAGUUUAA